GAGUGUGGAAAAAACUUAUGUGACUACUCAGCCCUUCUUGAUCAUCAGAGAAUCCACACAGGGGAGAGGCCCUAUGAAUGCUGUGAGUGUGGGAAAACCUUCACUCAAAGAUCAGCCCUUUCUGUUCAUCAGAGAAUCCACACGGGGGAAAGGCCCUACGAAUGCUGUGAGUGUGGGAAAAGCUUCACUCACAGAUCAGCCCUUUCUGUUCAUCAGAGAAUCCACACAGGGGACAGGCCCUACAAAUGCAGUGAGUGUGGGAAAACCUUCACUCAAAGAGCAGCCCUUUCUGUUCAUCAGAGAAUCCACACGGGGGAAAGGCCCUACGAAUGCCAUGAGUGUGGGAAAACCUUCAAUCGCAGCUCAAACCUUUCUGAACAUCAGAGAAUCCACACAGGUGACAGACACAGGCCCUAUGAAUGCUGUGAGUGUGGGAAAACCUUCACUCAAAGAUCAGCCCUUUCUGUUCAUCAGAGAAUCCACACGGGGGAAAGACCCUACGAAUGCUGUGAGUGUGGGAAAAGCUUCACUCACAGAUCAGCCCUUUCUGUUCAUCAGCGAAUCCACACAGGGGACAGGCCCUACAAAUGCAGUGAGUGUGGGAAAACCUUCACUAAAAGAGCAGCCCUUUCUGUUCAUCAGAGAAUCCACACGGGGGAAAGGCCCUACGAAUGCCAUGAGUGUGGGAAAACCUUCAAUCGCAGCUCAAACCUUUCUGAACAUCAGAGAAUCCACACAGGUGACAGACACAGGCCCUAUGAAUGCUGUGAGUGUGGGAAAACCUUCACUCAAAGAUCAGCCCUUUCUGUUCAUCAGAGAAUCCACACGGGGGAAAGGCCCUACGAAUGCUGUGAGUGUGGGAAAAGCUUCACUCAAAGAGCAGCCCUUUCUGUUCAUCAGAGAAUCCACACGGGGGAAAUGCCCUACAAAUGCAGUGAGUGUGGGAAAACCUUCACUCAAAGAGCAGCCCUUUCUGUUCAUCAGAGAAUCCACACGGGGGAAAGGCCCUACGAAUGCCAUGAGUGUGGGAAAACCUUCAAUCGCAGCUCAAACCUUUCUGAACAUCAGAGAAUC